CAGAUAUUCUCAGAUUAUUUUUAGUUUUCAACCAAUGAUGCAUCGCCAAAUAGAAACAAUUUGUGGUGUGUCAUCGUCACAUCUGGACCUGUUCCUCCUUGCAACGAUGUCGACGCGCCCUUCGCUGCCAUCUUCCACAUCAUCCAUGAGCCUCGUGAGCGGUCCUGGAGAGCUUGAGUAUGGCGGCUACGGUCGCGUUCUGUUCUGCGGCCAGCUGGAGAAGCGCCGCGACGGCGCCGUGCGCGGUGGCUGGGCCUCGCGUCUCUUCGUUCUCACACCCGAGACGCUGCACUACUACCGCAAGGCCACCGAGUUCGAGCUACUGGGAGAGGAACGCGGUCACAUCGCACUGUCCUCCAUCACGAGGGUACGCGCCAUGCCGGAGGACGAAGCGCCCUACUCGACAGCAGAGCCGGGAGUAGAGCACUACUACCUUGAGAUCUGCACAGAGGACCGGCUGUAUCUGAUGCGGACGCCGGUUCGAGAGGCGUCAACAUGCGAGAGCUGGUCAAUCGCUAUUGAAGAGCAGCGCAAGGUGCUUCGAUCGGGGAAGGCGAAUAAACGUGAGUGCCCUUCGAGCUCUGUCCCUUUCCCGGAGGCGCUGCCUAGCCCCACUCUGCUAGCACGCAACCAUGAGCUUUUCUCCCAUUUCGAAGCGUCGCCACCACGGGUUGCCAUGGUCUCAGUCGUUCACGUGAGCGAGCGAGAUGGACGUCCUGCUGAGAAGGUAAUCAAGCGACGGACCGAGUGGGGCGAGAAGCUGGACCUCGGUGUAAUCCCGCAAGGAGGAGCAUGCGUCAUACUUCUGCAGGAUGGAGGUCUCGGUCGUAUUGGUACUCAAGCUCUCAUGAGCAGCUGGGAUUCGGGGCGUGUCUGCUGGAUUGAAGUGACCGAUGCCGAGUUCCCUACCGAGAUCGAAGUGUCGGUAACAUGCAAAGUGUUAUCGCAGGAGACCAAGUUGAAGUCUCCUAAGACUCAAAGCACUCAAGAAGGGCUACCGAAGUGGGUCGAGUGGGUGGACGAAGGCUCCAGUAUCGGCUUUCUCUUGAUGUGCCUCUUUGUUCACCUGCUGUAUGGCGUUGACGGCUUCCACUGGUCGCACAAGUGCUGCCUCACGGUCGGUGCAGCACUCGCCAUCUCGACUAUUCUCAACGGAUCUACUAGAAACCCACCGACACCAGCACCGACGCCUCGACACUCUAGUCCCACCAAUCUACUACCCAAGCUGCAGUUCACCCUCACAGUUCAUCGCUGCCGGAUAAAAAUGGAGGGUACAGAGUACAUUUACCCACAGGCUAGCGACAAUAAGUAGACCGCUCCAAUAACUCACGGAUAGAGCGGAUGGAAUGUGAGCAACGUACGUUGCACGUGCGCACUAUCCAUACUUCGAGUUAAAGUGGGAGCGACUCAAAAGGAAAUGAAGCAGCUUCAAAAUAAAUUACUUAUCCUACCAAGGCCUUCAA